AUGCACAUCUAUCGGCGCCAGGCGCGUAACCUAGCGUGGUAUGACGAGGAAGGCGGCCCGCCAUCGCGCAACCCGUUCAAGAAGUUCAAGGCGCACCCGCGACGGACGAAUUCCAUCCAGCUUGAGUCGCAACUGACCCCCGUACGCACUGAAGGAGACAUUGAGUUGACCCCGGAACGGCACCGGCGGCGCAUGAUGGGCGAGGGUUUAGCGCCACCAGAGCAUGCGGACACGUUUCCGGCCGAGUCAUCGCAGCAUGAAAGGAGAGAGGUCUCGCGGCCCGUCAGUCUUACGGACGAUGAGAAGCCCGAGACCAUCCCGUCGAUGCGCAGCACGGACCCGAUCAAUGUCUCGUCCGCCACGGAAGCUCAGCGUGAUCAGGAGCAGGAUGAUGGCGAGCUGCGCAAGAGACGGACUCAGACCAACAUGGACCGUCUCCGCGCAGACAGCGACACGCUGACAACGACCGAGUCGCAUAUAUCGAAGCCUGACAAGCAAAAGUUCACAGCCGUGGGACAGCUCAAAGCAACCUUGUUCAAUUCCUGGGUCAACGUUCUUUUGAUCGCCGCUCCUGUUGGAAUUGCGCUGAACUAUGUGGAUGUUCCUCCCGUGGCGGUAUUUGUGGUGAACUUCAUCGCAAUCAUUCCACUUGCUGCCAUGUUGAGUUAUGCCACGGAAGAGAUCGCCAUGCGGACGGGAGAAACAAUUGGCGGACUGUUAAAUGCUUCUUUUGGCAACGCGGUCGAACUGAUUGUCGCGAUCAUCGCGCUAGUCGACGACCAGGUGGUGAUUGUGCAGACGUCGUUGAUCGGGAGUAUGCUGUCGAACCUGCUACUUGUCAUGGGCAUGUGCUUCUUCUUCGGCGGGGUCAACCGCCUCGAACAGCAUUUCAACCCCGUUGUGGCGCAGACAGCAGCCAGUCUGCUGGCAUUGUCAGUCAGCAGUCUAAUCAUCCCUACUGCGUUUAAGACCUGGGCCGACGCCGGGGAAGAUGGUGUCGCCCCGUUGUCUCGCGGAACGAGCGUGAUUCUGCUGGUGGUGUACGGUUGCUACCUGUUCUUCCAGCUCAAGUCUCACACGGAGAUCUACAAUGCGCCGAGCCCCAAGGUGGAGAAGCGGCGCAACAAGGUGGCCGAGGGGGAGGCGAGCAAGGGAAUCGCGCGGAUCGGGCAGAUUGGAGCGUCGAUGGCGGGCCAAAACGCGACGCAGAUGACGAUGCAGGAGUCGGAGGGUGAGGAUGAAGGGGAAGAGCCGCAGCUGAGCGUGACGGUUGCGGUUGCCACCUUGGUCAUUUCCACGGUGUUUGUGGCACUGUGCGCGGAGUUUAUGGUCGACUCGAUCGAUGCGAUUACGGCCAGCGGCGGCAUCUCGGAGACGUUUGUCGGGUUGAUUCUCCUGCCGAUUGUGGGCAACGCGGCGGAGCAUGCGACGGCAGUGACGGUGGCGUGCAAGGACAAGAUGGACCUGGCGAUUGGGGUGGCGGUGGGAUCGAGCAUGCAGAUUGCGCUGCUGGUGCUGCCGCUGGUGAUUGUCAUUGGGUGGGGGAUGGGCAACGACGCCAUGACUCUGGAUUUCGAUGCGUUCCAGGUCAUUCUGCUUUUUGUGGCUGUUUUACUGGUCAACUAUCUUAUUGCCGACGGCAAGUCGCACUGGCUGGAGGGCGUGUUGCUGAUGAUGAUGUACCUCAUCAUCGCCGUGGCUGCAUGGUUUUAUCCCGCCCAGACGAGCUAA